CGGCUGGAUUUAGUCCACAACUGUCUCUCGAGCAGGGCGGACGAAAGGACGGACAAAUUGACAUUUUAUAUAUAAAUUAUUGACACUAGUUUAUGUGUGAAGUGCGUGAAGUGUGUGGUACUUUUGUGUAGUGAUUCUUUUUUUGUGCGUGUAUUUGAAAAAGGAGAAAAUGUGGCCACCAAGAUUACUUCGGUGGACGCUCACCAUUCUGCUGAUAGUCGCCGUUAUUGCACCCACCUCAGACUCCACAACCGUCCGCCGAAGACUCCGAAAACCGACCAAAGUCAGCACCAGCACCUCAGUAUCGAGCAGCGUGUCCCGGUCCACCGACCAAGUGAUAUCCGCUAGUGUGAACCGGCCUAAGAUCCGAGGUCGCCCCAGUAUUGCCAGUCGAAAGUCGUCGGCUGCUAUCGACAAUUCUGUCGCCACCGACGACCAUAAGGACAAGGAUGGCUACAAGAUCGUCUGCUACUACACCAACUGGUCCCAAUACCGCACCAAACUUGGCAAGUUCACCCCUGAAGACAUCCAGCCGGACCUCUGCACCCACAUCAUAUUCGCCUUCGGCUGGCUGAAGAAGGGCAAGCUGAGCUCCUUCGAGUCCAACGAUGAGACUAAGGACGGGAAGACCGGAUUGUACGACAGAAUCAAUGCGCUGAAGAAGGCUAAUCCGAAGUUGAAAACUCUUUUGGCUAUUGGUGGCUGGUCCUUCGGAACCCAGAAGUUCAAGGAAAUGUCUGCCUCCCGCUACGCUCGCCAGACCUUCAUCUACUCCGCCAUCCCCUACCUGAGGGACCGCAACUUCGACGGUCUGGACGUGGACUGGGAGUAUCCCAAGGGUGGAGAUGAUAAGAAGAACUUCGUGCUGUUGUUGAAAGAACUACGUGAGGCCUUCGAGGCCGAGGCCCAAGAAGUCAAGAAACCCCGUCUGCUCCUUACUGCUGCUGUCCCAGUAGGUCCUGACAACAUCAAGGGUGGAUACGAUGUGCCUGCUGUAGCUAGCUACCUCGACUUCAUCAACCUCAUGGCCUACGAUUUCCACGGCAAAUGGGAGCGGGAGACUGGACACAAUGCACCUCUGUACGCGCCAUCAUCUGACUCGGAGUGGAGGAAACAGCUGUCUGUAGACCAUGCUGCCCAUCUGUGGGUCAAGCUGGGAGCGCCUAAGGAGAAGCUUAUUAUUGGUAUGCCGACAUACGGCCGGACGUUCACUCUGUCCAAUCCGAAUAACUUCAAAGUGAAUUCCCCUGCCAGCGGCGGCGGCAAGGCGGGCGAGUAUACAAAGGAAAGCGGCUUCCUCGCCUAUUACGAGGUUUGUGAAAUGCUCCGAAAUGGCGCCACCUACGUUUGGGACGAUGAGAUGAAGGUGCCUUACUGCAUUCUGGGCGAUCAGUGGGUUGGCUUCGACGAUGAGAAAUCCAUCAGGCACAAGAUGAGAUGGGUGAAGGACAACGGAUUUGGAGGCGCUAUGGUCUGGACCGUAGACAUGGACGACUUCAGUGGCGACGUGUGCGGUGGAGACGUCAAAUACCCCCUCAUUGGAGCUAUGAGAGAGGAACUUCGCGGUAUCUCUCGUGGCAAGGACGCUAAAGAUGUCGACUGGGCUUCAGUAGCAGCCACAGUGGUUCUAGAAGUCACGGAGAAACCUCAGCCGAUCAAGAUCAGCCUGACUGAUGUCCUCAGCAGGGUCAAGAAACCCACUAAGACCAUCAUUGUCAAGAACAAAAACGCUGAGCUCGAUAAGAACAAGCGUGAGCCUCAAGUCCUCUGCUACCUGACCUCCUGGUCCUCCAAGCGCCCCAGCGCCGGCCGCUUCACCGCCGAAAACGUGGACCCCAACCUCUGUACGCACGUCAUCUUCGCGUUCGCCACUCUAAAGGACCACAAGUUAGCGGAAGGCGAUGAGAAGGAUGCGGAUAUGUAUGAGAAGGUCGUCGGGUUGAGGGAGAAGAAUCCUAACUUGAAGAUUUUGCUCGCCAUCGGCGGCUGGGCUUUCGGCUCCACUCCCUUCAAAGAGUUGACCUCCAACGUCUUCCGUAUGAAUCAGUUCGUGUACGAAGCCAUCGAAUUCCUCAGGGAUUACCAGUUCAAUGGUCUUGACGUGGAUUGGGAGUACCCCAGAGGAGCCGAUGACCGCGCAGCUUUCGUCUCCCUCCUCAAAGAACUCCGCCUGGCCUUCGAAGGAGAGGCCAAGACCUCUGGCCAGCCGCGCCUGCUGCUCACCGCUGCUGUACCCGCCUCGUUCGAAGCCAUCGCCGCUGGGUAUGAUGUGCCGGAGAUCUCGAAAUACUUGGACUUCAUCAACGUGAUGACCUACGACUUCCACGGCCAAUGGGAGAGGCAGGUCGGCCACAACAGCCCUCUGUUCCCGCUAGAAAGCGCCACUAGCUACCAGAAGAAACUCACUGUGGACUACUCAGCCCGCGAGUGGGUGCGACAGGGAGCCCCCAAAGAGAAGCUGAUGAUCGGCAUGCCAACCUACGGGCGUUCCUUCACUCUGAUCAACGAGACACAGUUCGAUAUCGGCGCGCCUGCUUCUGGUGGCGGCUCCGCCGGCCGUUUCACCAACGAGGCUGGAUUCAUGUCGUACUACGAGAUAUGCGAGUUCCUCCGCGAGGACAACACGACCCUCGUGUGGGACAACGAGCAGAUGGUGCCCUUCGCGUACCGUGACGACCAGUGGGUUGGCUUCGAUGAUGAACGAUCGCUGAAGACCAAGAUGGCCUGGCUCAAGGAAGAAGGUUUCGGCGGCAUCAUGGUCUGGUCCAUCGACAUGGAUGACUUCCGAGGCUCCUGUGGCACCGGGAAGUACCCCCUCAUCACCGCCAUGAAGCAGGAGCUGUCAGGGUACAAGGUCAAGCUGGAAUACGACGGGCCUUAUGAGUCAUCGAACCCGAACGGACAGUACACUACUAAGGAUCCCAACGAAGUCAUCUGCGAAGAAGAAGACGGCCAUAUUUCCUACCACAAAGACAAGGCUGACUGCACGCACUACUACAUGUGUGAGGGAGAGAGAAAGCACCACAUGCCGUGCCCGUCUAACCUAGUGUUCAACCCUGAACAGAACGUCUGCGAUUGGCCAGAGAAUGUAGAGGGAUGCCAACACCACACCCAAGCGCCGGCUGCUAAACGAUAGAAAAAAACUGUUAUGUUGGCUAAACUGCUAAACGAUAGAAAAAAAAUCUGUCAUGUUGGCUAAAAUUUAGUUAAUUUUACAGACCGUUAGUAUUUAUAAAUGCUUGCAGAUCAUUAUGGUUCUGAUGGGGUUAAUACCUAGAAACGUCAGAGGGCCCUUUCAUCAAGUAUACAUCACCGAAAGACAAUUGCGAGUGCCAAAAAACAAAAGCGCAAAUUGACACAAACUCCUAUUAUUAAGCAACCUUCUUGAAUUCAGAGGCGCCCUCUGCAGUGAACAAAAAAAAAGAUUUUAAUCCUAUUGUGGUGAUUACUUAUGAAUAGCCUGGCCAGCCGUGCACAAUGAUAAUUUUGAAACAAUUCGGCCAGACAAAAAUUUGGUAAAGAUACGACAUGGAUCGGUUCGCAACGUUUUUGUUUGAAGAAACGUCACUUUCACUGACAUAUCCGAUCCAUGUCGUAUCUUUAGCAAAUUUUUACGUAUCUUAAAAUUCGAAUCAGCUGAGCCGAUACUUAAAAAAUUUGAUUCUUUCUAUUAUCUGCUUGGUUGGCCAAACUAUACUUAUUGUAUUUUUUUACUUUUCUACAUUGUUAUAAUCUUGAACUAUCGUCCACCAAUUAAAAAAGAUUACUUAUCGGUUGUCAUUAAAAAUCGAAUGGAGAUUCGUGUGAUAUAUUGUAAAUUAACAUUAUUGGUAAUAUUGUACGUAAAGUACCCUAUAUAUUAAUAAAUUAUAUUUUUAAGAAUAAUAAUAUCUUACUCUCCCAAAGGUACACAAUUAUUAAGAUUUUAACAAAUAAUUAUGAAGGUGGUUUUUCUAAUAACCUAAUGCAUCAUACGUAUUUGUAUCAUACGUACCUAUAAUCUUGUGGAAAUUGUCAAAAUAUGUUUGUAACUUUUAUUCAUGUGUGGUAUUGAUAACUUAAAAUAACGCAGCGUAUUACGUAGGCGAACAACACUCGAACGCGAAGCGAAGUGAUGCGGAGCGGGGUGAAUCGAUCCUUUGAUAUCUAUAGAAGUGUCCUAAUACGUGGGCGAUCUCGUUGCGAAUGCGAACGCUUUGGGCCCGUCGCGCCGCGUCGCGUUCGCGAGUUGUUCGUUUACUUAAGACGCAACGUAAAAGCGAUCUUUAAAAAAAUCAAGCCAUUAAAUAAUACUUUUACAUUUAAAGAGAAAUUAAAUAUUGUGUUUCUUUGGGAUUGUAUAAUUAUUUUAUAAUUAAGUAGCGUAAACCUAUUUUAUUUUAUGGAAUACUCAAAUCAGCUACAUACACUGCCUUUUAUACUGCCAGUAAAUUGUUACUGUCCAACGAAAUUGUUACGAUGUGACAAUAAAUAAAUUACUGUAAAAUAAGUGAUAAUUUAAGUUUGUAAAUAUUGUGUUUAGAUAAAAAGAGACGUAGGAGUAAUUAUUAAACAUUUUUUUAAAAA